GAGCGGAGCGGCAGGUAGACGAAGGAAACGCCCCAACCAGAAUCCCCGAUCCCCCCUCCGCAAUCCGACGCUUUCCGCCUUCCACGCCACCGGUGCCGAAACCAGGGUACGCGGCGAUGCAGUCGCCGGAGUCCUCCUCCUCCUCCUCUGUCCUCCUCAACAUAGGGGGCAAGAAGUACGCAACGACGGUGGAGACGCUGACGCAGCGGGAGCCCGAUUCCAUGCUCGCCGCCAUGUUCAGCGGCCGGCACACGCUCCCGCACCACCCCACCACGGGGACGGUGUUCGUGGACAGGGACGGUAAGCAUUUCCGGCACGUACUCAACUGGCUCAGGGACGGUGCCAUUCCCGUGCUGUCUGAGUCCGAGUACCAACAGCUGCUGCGCGAGGCAGAGUACUACCAGUUGCUUGGCCUAGCUGAUUACAUAAAUGAGAGGCUCGGUUGGAAGAAAGUCGACAGUUCAGAGGCUGAAUUGACACGGAAGGACGUGAUAAAAUGCAUCCAGGCUCAGAGAGUCAGGUUCCGUGGUGUGAAUCUAUCUGGCCUUGAUCUGUCUAAGCUUGACUUGUCAGAGGUGGACUUCAGUUAUGCAUGCAUUAAGAACACUGAUUUUUCAUGUGCUAACCUUUACAAAGCAAAGUUCGGGCAGGUGGAAGCUUCAUCUUCAUCUUUCCAAAACGCAAUUUUGCGUGACAGGUGUGAGUUUGUUGGAGCAAACCUUCAAGAUUCUAUUCUGGAUGGAGCAAACCUUCGAAGUGCGAACCUGCAAGAUGCAUGCUUAACACGUUGUAGCUUCAUUGAAACAGAUCUUCAUUCUGCCCAUUUACAGACCGCUAAUCUUACGUCUGCCAACUUGAGUGGAGCUAACCUUGAAGCAGCCAAUCUCAAGGGUGCUAAGUUGUCUGGAACAAACUUGCAAGGUGCAAAUCUUCAGCGAGCUUACUUGCGAGAAGUUGAUUUGCGUGACACUCUUCUAACUGGUGCUAAACUUGGGGGUGCAAAUCUACUUGGAGCUAUCAGGUGAUGCAACAAGAGAAGACCAUCUACAGUCGACUGUGCAGCUUCAUAUUGUGUAUACUGUAUAAUUUUAUUGGAGGCGGUAGCUUGCGUGCAGCAGGAUGGAGCCUGCUGUUCGGGUCUUUGCUGGUGGAAAUUUAGGACACAGGCACAUCAAAAGAAAACGAUUUGAUCAAUGUUUAUUUGUUGUAUCCGCUUUUAGCUGUACACUGCCCUAUGGUCUGAGAUCUAGCAACCAUUGAGGGCAAGUUUGGAUGAACCAUUCCUCUUGUGGAUUGAAGGAUAUUUUUUUUACGGGUCCACUCCAAUCCACGUGGGGAAUGGGUGUAUCAAACAAGCCCUCAGUGAAAUGCAGUAAAAGUAGCUGUAAUUGAAAUCAGGCCAUCAGUGUAGAAGAAACUGCUGUUUCUUCAAUCGCAAAGGUUGCACAUUUCCUGGUUAUUGUGGACGAAAUUACCUGAUUUCGUGUUCUGCUGGGAGCAAAUUCCAUUC